GCAUCAGAUGCACACACACAACUUGUCUAACUAUAGCACCUGCACCAUGAGCCAUAACCACCAAAACUACCCGUUCCCAAAGGUGUACCUCGUGGAUGGCGGCGGCGGCGGCGACGGCAGCCCGCAGCACUCCACAAAGCAGCAGAACAUUGUGCCCUGCUGGACCUUCCCGCCGGCCCAGGAGAGGGAGAGGGGCCGUGGGAAGAGUCGGGGCUGGAUGGGAGUCAGCCCCGGACUGGCCCUCAUCGUGCUGAUGCUAUUCCUGUUGGUGUUUGUGGCCCUGGGGUUUGAAGCCUACCAGAUCAACUGCAUGCAGGCAGAGCUGAGAGAGAUGAGAAAGGUUACGGCCGUGACUGAGUUUAAUGGGUAUCAGAAACAAAUAGGUCAGGAACCUGAGAUGAACAAAGAAGAGAAAAAGGACAGACCUGCAGCACACCUGAUAGGGCGGGUAGAAAAAGAACAAUUCCCUAAGACUUUGCGAUGGGAGUCUCUGGUGGGCCGGGCGUUCACCUCGGGGUCGGUGGAGUACAGGUUCAAAGACGGCGGCCUACAACUGAACGAGAGCGGACUCUACCACGUCUACUCGCGGGUGGAGAUGAUCUUCAAGGACUGUUCGCCCUCGUCCUCGUUCGUCCACUCCAUGUUCGUGAGGAGAGCCGGGCGAACCUUACCUAUGACCUUGAUGGAGGCCAACAGAGCGGGUUUCUGUUCUCAACAGCGGGGGCACGCCUGGACCACAGAGAGUUACCUCGCCUCCGCCCUUCAGCUGGAGAAAUCCGACAGAGUUUUUGUGAAUGUAUCGCACCCGCAUUAUCUUAGUCAUGCACAUUAUGCCAACUUCUUCGGUCUCUACAAGAUCUGAAGGCCUUGUGUGUUAUAAAGUAGUAAUGAUGCUCAUGUGAAAGCCGCCCAGAAUGUCUCUGAAGCUUACUGAAUUAUUGUGUGAGUACUAUACAAUAUAAUUGCAAUGAAUAGCAUGUUGUGAAAUGGUCUGCAACGUUAAAAACCCUCUUCAUUGCCAGCUUUAAGAAUUGGGGGUGAAAUUAAUUGAAGUUCCAGACACAUGCAUAAAACAAAUGUAAAAUAAAAUGUAGAUAGAGUCAGUAAACACUAACAAACUGAUUUAGUUGUAGCAUUUUUAAAUAUUUAUUUUAUGGUUGGAUUGGGGUCUGAUCUGGUCUUAAUGUGUGUACA